CCUCCCUCAUGCCAACUGCCCCCCAAAGUAACCACUACUCUGACCCAUCCUCACAUGUCAAUGGCUCUCUGGGGCUGGGUACUUCUGGAAUGUGGGGAGGGGAGCCUAUGUGUUCUCCUGCUUCUGGAAAUUCUAUCCCCAACUGUCAUCCCAGCUAAAAGGGGGACUUUUGCCAGCACAAAUGAGGCAAGGUGGCCGGCCUGGAACUCUGACUCCGUCCUGGCCUAUAGGUGGUGGGACCUCGAGGGGGCUGCUGGUGGCUGAGGUCUGAGACAGGUGUCAGCCCAGACUCGGGUGUCCGAGGGCGGGGGGCAGGGCUCCAGGGGCCCCUUUGUGAUGUCAGCGCCCUGCCUACUGUCCUCACAGCCCCUCCACUCCCUCCAUCUCCAGUGGCCUUCCCUCCCGGUCUGGAGAGGCAGCCAACGCGGGCAAUGGGUUCCCGCUGUGCCAAGCUCAGCACUGGCCACAGCCGGGGCUACGAAUCCCCCAUGAAGAAGCUCGUGGCCUGCGUGAGUCAGGAUAACUUCUCCUUGUCGUCCGAGGGGGAGGGAGAAGAGGGAGGAGAGGAGGAGGAGGACGAGGAGGUGGAAGAGGAGGAGGAUGAGGAGGAGCUCCCAGUGCAGGGCAAGCUGCUGCUGAUAGAGGACGAGCGGCAGGAGAAGGAGGGUGCGGAAGAAGAGCCUGCGGCCCAGCAGAGCCCCGAGCCCAAGCAGACGCACUCCUGACCCACGACGGCGGCCCAGGAAGAGGUUCCCACCACUGUUCCGGUGAGAAGAACUUUCCGAAAAGAGUCAAUAAAAAGUCUCCCAAGGA